AUUCCGGAAGUUUGGCUAAUUCUCCUCCUAGACAAGGACCACAAAAACCAGCGGCGAGGCAAAAACGUCGAUGUCGACAAUACCUUAAUCAGCCCCAAAGUAAAAGCCCAACUAGGAAAAUUAAUAGUCCACUCAGGAUGAGAAAAACCAGAAAAACACUCUUGGGAUUUUGUUCAAUUAAAUUUUUAUAG